AUGGGUGCGCCGAUACUAUCAAAAGAUGCGGUCUUCGGCCAGUCCGCAAACAGCUCAUUCGUUUUCGUCAUCAGCUACCGGGCUCCGAACGAUGACGUUUACCGGUUUAUUCAAUGCGUGACAAUGGACGCUAAGUACAACGCGGAGGUGGAGUACAGGAACGGUUUCCAGAGCAUCGAUGUAAAUGUCACUGAUGAAAAGCCUCUGAACGCGUCUCCUCUGGUCGUGAGCUCACUGUUCUACGACCUCAUGAAUUCUGAGCCACGGACUGAUCCGGUCAAGUUCCCAACACAGUAUGGAAAUAAAACGGAGAACGAAAUUCUGGAUUUGAUGCACGGAGCCCAGGUACUGGCUAUGAGCGACGCAAUGGUAUAUUGCCUGUCUGGAUACAUCCAGCAAUACGGACUUGAAGCUCAGCAAAUCGAAGACACAAUGAUUCAUCAAACACCGCUAGCUGUUAAUAUUCGCAAUGACACUAACUACCGGUUCACUGAUGUACGCUUCAAAUUGUCCCCUGCAGUCAUCGAGGAGCUCAUGCAAAACACUACACUCUCAAUCUUCAACGAUGCGACGCACUGGACCCAGACCAUGGUCAACUCCAUCUCGUACGAAAACAGAUACAUAUUUAAAGAACCAGAACGUCUCAUCGGUUCGUACGCAGUGUUGCUGGCUACCUACCUCGUUUUCGCAACUCUUGGACUGGUCGCUCUCGUGCAGAAUGGCGUGGCUGCUGACUCUGGUGUCUUCCUUCAAGUACUGUGCGCGACAACGAAUGGAAACUCCAUUCUCAACAAAUUGGCAAAACAGGCAUGUCUGGGUGGAUCUGUUAAUCACCCGCGAGAGCUCUUGGAUCUCGAAGUACAGUUUGGCCAGGUCAAGGAAGAUAAAGACCUAGCGGCUUUUGGAACUGCCGCCGAGGUAACUGAGCUGAAGAAAGGUGGCAGUUAUCGCUAG